AUGCCUUUGUUCCUAUAUAUCUGUUUCAUUACGUAUGUCUUUCUGUUACUAUCUAUCUAUCUAUCUAUCUAUCUAUCUAUCUAUCUAUCUAUUCACCAACCUACACGCUUGACCUUUGAUACAGACGUUGGAGAAUGGUCUGAUAUCCAUGGAUUGACGACACAAAUGUACCGCCCGCCAAUACACGAUAAUUUUCCUCCGGCGGAAAACGAAACCAAAAUAAUGUCAACCAUUGAUGUACCCCCUUUUCUGAUGAAAAAAAAGCGACACGAAGGAGGUGAGCCCCUUGUCGGCAAUGCUCGUUUCGAAGGUUAUGUCGUUGACCUAGCGGCAAAGAUAGCCGAUCAGUUCCCGAUGGAUUACAUCAUCAAAAUCGUCGCAGACGGGCAAUACGGCGCCCUAACAGUGAAUGGAACGUGGAAUGGCAUGAUGGGUGAACUAACCCGUCAUGAGGUAGAUUUAGUCAUUGCUCCCCUAACCAUCACAUGUAUGCGGGAAAGAGCCGCAGAUUUUUCUAAACCCUUCAUGAAAACCGGUAUAAGUAUAAUGAUCAAAAAGCCUGAUAAACAGAAACCCAGUGUCUUCUCGUUCAUGGACCCAUUGUCUCAAGAGUUUAUCAUUUGUUCAUUAUCUAUCUAUCUAUCUAUCUAUCUAUCUAUCUAUCUAUCUAUCUAUCUAUCUAUCUAUCUAUCAGAUUCAAAUCCUACCACCUCCUAUUGCAUUCAUAUCAUAUCAUUCAUAUCUCUUUUGACUUUACCAUUCUAA